CCUUAAAUAAAAUCUUAAAGAAUUCCCACAUAGAGAGAUGUGUCUUAACCAAGGAGUAAUAGCUGAACCCCCUCCUUGGGCUGGAGGGUGAGGGGUCCACACCAGACUUCAGACAGCCAGGCUGAGGGUCCACCUACCCUGUCCCUCUGCAAUGCAGAGCCCAUGUUGGGGGUAGAGUCAGUGGGAUAUGUGAUGUCGACUGCCUCCCUUGCUGUCCACCAAAACCUUCGUUAAAGACUAGAGUUCUCAUGAAUGGUAUAGAACGUAACCUUCCCCAAGGCAAGUGCCCUGUACCAGUGAUAACCUCCCAGUGUAAAACUCCCCUAUGUCUUUGAUAGCCCUAGUGGAUUGCAUCAUGGAUUACUUCCGUGAACAAUUCCCAACCGUUCACUAUUAAGUACACGUUUAGGGGCACCUGGCUCGCUCAGAAGAGCAUGCAACGCUUGAUCUCCGGGUCGUGAGUUUAAGCCCCACAUCGGGCGUAGAGAUUACUAAAAGAAUAAACCUUACAUGUUUACUGUUCUCCGUGGAGUCCAGGUCUUCAAGCAGUCCUCAAGCUUCAAAGUGUAAAUAAAUCUGAGGAUCUUGUUAAUAGUGCAGACCUGAUCCCAAAGGUCUAGGGCGGCCUGGGGUUCUGCACGUUGAGCCAAGUUCCACGUAAAGCCCAUGCUGGUGCUUUGCAGACCACCUUUGAGUAGCAAGGUUUUAAACUAUCUCCAGAAGUACCUGGUUGUAUUAAGUGAUAAUUCGCACCUGUAUUUGUUUUUACCAACUACCCACCGCGGUGUUCAGGGCUUCUGAUGGGCAUGAAUUGUGGCCGUGUUGCCACUCCUGAGAUCACAGGGCCUCCCGGACUGCCUACCUGCCAGUUUUAACUCUUAAGUGCUGUCUGAUUCCUUUCAGGAUUGUGAAAUACUAAAUGUCUCAAGGAUGCCCAUUUCCACUUAGUAGCUUCCUUGGUGGCUGGGUCCCCAGCUCAGUCCCCACUGCAUUACCCAGCACAACCAGGUGAUCUGGACGGGCCCUAAGUCGCUUUGACCCUAAUACUCUGGAACCAGAGUCUUCUCGGAUAGACCAAGUUUGACAUCUCGGAGGGGAAAUCUUGCACGGCCCUUCUCUUGAGUGGCCACAUAAGGUGGCACAGGGCCUUGCCUGUCCUCAGGAAAUGUGUUUUGUGGUAAACUGCACAUAACAGAAUUUACCAUUUAAACCACUUUUAAGGGUGCAGUUCAGUGGCCGUUAAGUACCUUCACAUUGCUGCACAACCAUCACCAUCCAUCUCUAGAACUUUCUCAUCUUUCCAAACUGAAACUCUGUACCCAUUAAACACUGUUCGUUUCUCCCCACCUUCAGUCCCUGGUAACCACAAUUCUACUUCCUGUCUCUGGACUUGUCCACUCCAGGCCCCUCAGCCCUGCAGCCAUACAGCAUUUGUCCUCUUGUGUCUGGUCAGGGGAUACAUUUUUAAUCUUCAUCAGCAGGAGGGUUAGCCUAAACAGUUACUACUGUUGCUCUUUAACCCAUUCUGAUGGAGUCCUCUAUUCAGCUGUGAGACUGUCCAUUGAUGAUGUGUCUGCUGAUGGUUAUUUAUGAACAAUUGAGGGCAGUUUAAGAAAAGCAUCAAAAGACUGUGCCCUCAGCUGACCCAGACGAAAUUCCUUAUGAGGAUUCGGGAGAAACAGGUAAAACGAAGUUAGAUAUAUAGCACGACCCUCACUCUUGUCAGGGAACAAAGUCUAGAGACGCCAUUAGGUGCUACAACAGAUCUUAUUUUCUUUCCAAUGCAGCCCCAGUCCACUACCAGCCCAACUAUGUGGGCAGACAUAGGAAGCAGUCUUCUCCUAGUAACUGCCUCAAUUUCUCUUCUGCAUCUUGUACAUAUCUAUAGAAGGAAAAAACUUGACAAUUCAGCUACUUUAUGUUUGCUUUUUAAAAUGUCUGUCCAUCCUCCACAUUCCACCCAUUACCCUCAUGCAGGAAGAUAAUCCCCUGACGCUUCAUGUCACGCAGCUGUUUAUGUGACCUUGAGGAGGUCCAUAUGUCACAAUGCACGGUUACCAACACUAAGCAUUGCCAGAUACCAGGCUAGCCCAGGGGGUACCAGAUGAAUGAGGCCCAGCCCCGCUCCCAGACACACAGGUUCAUGAACAAGAUGGCCACAUAAUUACAACGCAAGUGGUAAGUGCUGUGACCGACCCACUCCUAGGGCAUAAUGAGAGAAGAGAAAAGGGAAAAUUCAGCCAGCUUGGGCGUGGCUAGGAGAGGAGGGGUGAAGUGGGCGGUGGAGAGAGACAGGAGAGACUGGCGCUGAGAGAUGAGGUGGUAGCUGGGUUUGUGUCUACAAAUCAGAGCUGGGAAACUGACCUCCUUCCAUCAGGUCACAGGAAGCUGGACCCAGCUGGUCAUGACUGAGCCUCACCAGUCCCCCUCUUCCCUUGGGGCCUUCACUUAGCAGCCUUGCCCUCUUCCUGGGUUUCUGUGCCUUCCUUCCCCACCAUGUUCCCACCGACUCCUAGCCCUGACUUGGCUCUACUCUCACUACACCUGUCCCCACAUCCAGCCCUGAGAGUGCAUGGCCUCAGUAGAGAGGACAGUCUGAAAGGAGGAGAUCAAAAAAUGGUAGAGAGCUUCCUCUCCCGGUUUCCAGAACCAGCAUAUACAGACAAGCUGUUUCCCUUGGGCCCAAACUGGGUGGAAAUAAAUGAACUCCUCAAACUGGCUUCCAUCCAAAGCUGCCAGGUGUUACCUCCUGCCCCUGCCCAAGCAGGCCUGUCAGUCCAGCCAAUUACUGAGCAAGUAUCAUUCCCUGGGGUCUGUCCUCAGAGCUCAGAGGACAGUCAGCAUCGGUCGAUGGCAAUUCCUUUGGGUGGAAUUGCAGUGUUCCAAUCCAUCUCACCACUGCCUACCCCAGCUGCUACCCACCUAGGUAGGGUCUUGUCUUUCUUCUUCUGUUCCAUACAUACUACCUUACAUUUCAGGUGCUAGGAGCACCCAUAAGCACACCGUGGUGGUGUGGAUGGCAGAUGAAGCUAAGGCUGGUCACCAAGCCAGUGCUUCCAGACUGGCCUAGGAUCCUGCUCAACAUUAGCCAGUUCCCUGGAGAAGAGGUGGGAAAGUAAGCCCCACUGCGGCUGCGCAGCUUGUCCUUGGUAUCAAAAGAAGUGGAGUAUAAAUGGUUGUAGGUGUGGAGAUGGUUGGGCACGGUUGGCAUUGACCACAGGAAACCCCAAGGACAUCUGUUCCUCUUCUAGGUUGGUGAGUGGAACAGUGCCCCUCCUCUGGUUUCUGUUUUUGGGAGUCUGGCUCCUUCCUUUUGGGAUUCUAUCCUAUAGGUCACAUGCUGCUGCCUCCACCAAGCAAACCAGAAUCAAGCAGAAAUCUUCCCUGGAGCCUACACCAGCUGCUCCAGCUCCAAGUGUUCAUGGAGCCCUUGCUAUCAUCAUGCCUCGUGUUGUGGAGGACACAAAGAUGUCCCCCCGCCCGGAGAUGACCCUGCAGGAAGAGGGGUUGGUCGUAGGAGGAGGAAGAGCAUAGUAGUAGCAGGUGGUGGUGGUGGCGGCCGUGAUUAAGCUGCUAGCACUUGGCGAACAAGUCCUGGGAGCGAGGCCGCCUUGCAGGCACUCUGCAGGAGUCAGCACACUGAAUCCUCAAGCAGCUUCGGGGAGUGGACACCAUACUUACCAGGCCCAUUUUACAUAUGUGUAUCCUGAAUACUGAGCUCAAGGCUAGCAAGAAAGACCUUGAUUCUCUUCUCCACUGUGCUCAGCUGGGGAAGUUACCAGUCUGGACGCAGUAGUACCCAGGAAGAUAUUUUCCCUCAUACACUCCCUUAUCUCCAACAGAGGAUUCACUGGAAUAAAUUAAACCAAGAAUGUGAAGUAUUGUGAGGAAUUAGAGAAUAAAAUCCCCUCAUAAUGUUUCUCAGUAGUGACACCAAUCCAGAUGAAGACAGGGCGGUGGCAGAGUCUCUCGGAUGUUCGCUGCCAGAAUUGUAUGCUUUUGUUGAGGAUUUUAAUAAGGACAGCAAGAAAUCAAAUCUCCUAAAAACUCACAGUAUUUCACCUGGUGAAGCUCAGAAAAUGCUUAGUCAAAACCUGCAUGCCAUGUCAUUCACCAGUGGAACUGAUGAUAUGAGGGGAGAACACCUCCAGCCUGUUUUCGUGUGCAAGGUGGUGAGAAAAGAAGAAGAGAAACCAGACUCUAUGACCGAACUGCUGUACCGAAGCUUGUUGACCAGCUCACUCUCUCCGGUGGAGAGACUCACCAGAUCCCAGCAGAGGCUCUUUCAAUGUGGGAUUCCUCCUCCUGCACACACUUUUCCCUAUGAGAUUCUCAUCGAUCACUCCAAAUCUUUGUCACCCGUCCCUGUCCCCAUAGACGAGAAGACUCAGAGUGCCAACAUAUUACACAUGCUCGGCAUUUCCAGGAUCAGGCCAGAAAAUUUUAUCUUUGAAGACAAAAUUGCUAAGUACUUCUUAGUUGAUCCAGAAAAACAAUUCAUGGAUCUAAGGGAUCUGGAAUGGAGAUACUACAAGGGGCUUGUGUCGUGGAAGCACAGUACUUUAGAUUCAUUCAUAGACAUAAAUUACGACAGUGAGAAGAGAUUUGUGGCGAACCAGCCGAUGCCUGGUGUCAUUUACACCCCCGCAGUUCGUAGGUCUUUAGUCAUUUGCCCUUAAAUUGAUUAUCCAAAAAAAAAAAAUGCAGCUUCUUCUUAAAUAAAAUAUGUAGUUUACUAAACUAUUUUGGAUAUGGAUUUUGUUUUUGAGAACAUUGAACUUAUAUGUGCAAAGUAAAUAAGCAGAUGGAACAUAGGAACAGAGUCUAUACGAUAUUCAUGUAAAGUCCAAAAUUAAACCAUUAAUAUAGAGAACAAGAUUCAGAUUGAUCUGCUUAUAUAAGACCAGGUUUGGACCAGUGAAGCCCAUCUGGACCAGGGCUGAGGUAAAUCUAGAUCAUGUGAAAAGUAAGGGCACCUAUGAAGAACAACUACCAAGCAAGAAUAGCUCUUUAAAAUGUUCUACACACAUGAAGAAGUGUAUUAUCAUUUAAAAAAAGUUGGUAAAUUCAACAAAUCAAAGAAUUAAUCCCUGAGGAUUUAGAGAUCAAUCUGAGAACUUAAAAGUAAUACAUUAACUGCUUAAAGACAUGAGGAAGGAAGUAGCAUUUACAAAACAAGAACAGGAAGAUUUGGGAAAAAAACAAAUUGGAAAUCUUGAAAGUGAAACAUUUAAUUAUUGAAAGUAAAACAAUAAUCAUAAUAACCCUCAAUAAAUUAUCACAAUGGUAUACUGGAUGUAUCUUAAGAGAAAGGAUUAAUGACUUAAAAGAGCACUGAGAGAGAAGUUUCUAGAUCAUGGUGCAAUAAGACCAAAGGAGCAAAUUCUGAAAGAAGGAUCGUGGAGGGUAGAAUGAGAAGUUUAGAAGUCUAGCCAGUGGAAGAUGCAGAAGAAAAUAGGGUGAAUGGCGAUGUUGGAAAAUGAAAUGACUGAUAAUUUUCCGGAAAUGGUAUGAAUGAAAACUUGAAUGGAAAACCUCACUGAAUGAUUGGCAAGAAAAUAAAAAUAACUCUCUACCCAGAAACACCAUAGCAUAACUGCACCACAGUAAGCAAGAAGGGAAAAUACAGAGAAGAUGAUGCAUUGCACACGCACAAGUGACAGAUCAACAGCGGAGCUUCCGUUAACAACACACGUCAGACGGCAAUGGUGUCACAUACUCAGAAUGCUGAAGGGAAACACCUGGCAGCCUGAAAUUCACCAGCCAGCCAGAUGCUCUUCAAAGAGCAGGGUUAAAAUAAAUACAUUUUAGAAAAAUGUAAAAGCCGAAGCUCUUUACCACCCACAAUCUCUUACUGAAAAAACCACUAGCAAACUAUGUACUCUAGCAAGAACUGGGAGGAGUUCAAGAAAUAAUGGUGAACAAAUAAAUGAUCAAUAAUA